ACAAAAAAGCAAGCAGAAGAGAAAAUAAACAUCAUGGAUCGAUUCACACAGUUCCCUGCCGUCAACGACGACGGGAAUGAUGUUCACAUCGUUCCAUGGCACCUAGACAUCCAACUCCCCUCGGAGGUAUUGGCAUUGUCAUGGGCAAUCUUGCUACGAGCAUUCACCACCGAUGAGAACCCGGUCUUCUUGUUGAACGGGGCCCCUGUCAAAGCAGAUCUAUCCAUCCAAACGGUCCAACCAGCUGAUUUGGCUACCGUAUCAGAUCUCUCCGUCAAACACACAGCUGUGGUGUUGGGAGAUCCCUUAUUCGAGGAUGACAGACAUCCUCCGGUAUUGCGGUGGACCUUGGACCCCACCUCGAAAUCAGGAGCUUUGUGUGCGACCGGAGGCAUGGAUGCCCCGUUCCUAUACGAGUUAGGGAAACAGCUCAAGCAGAUUGUGCAGGAACAGGCGUCUCUCCAAAACAUACACGUAGAAUUGUCUGCUUUAGAUGUUCCGACUCCCGCCAUUUCCAAUGCUGAGCCCGCUAUACUGCCCGGUCCGGGUCUCUUGCACGAGCUUGCUUUGCGCGGAAUCACCGAGGCGAACCACGCCAUUGAGUUCCUCGCGGCGGAUGGAAGCGUUCGCUGCUUGUCGUACCGUGACUUGGAUCAGCUUUCCUCGAAGCUCGCGAGUGAAAUAGCUCAUGCUUCGACUAUCAAUGGCGUACAGAGGGUCGUACCAGUGCUACUGCCGCAGUCGGUGGAAUUAUACAUUUCAUGGCUGGCUAUCCUCAAAUCUGGUGCUGCUUUCUGUCCCUUAAACACCGAUGCACCCACAGACCGGAUCGAAUUUAUUCUACAAGAUGUGGCUGCUUCUGUGGUCAUCACCAAUGAUGCACUUGCCUCAAAGAUACCACCCAACGAGCACUUGUCCAUUCUCACCGUUGACAACCUCUCAAACGAGCCCAUAGAGCCUUUCACAAUCGAGUGUUCCUCCUCUCAUCUGGCCUAUGUCAUGUACACCUCUGGAUCCACGGGCCGCCCCAAAGGCGUUGGGGUGUCCCAUCUCGCUGUUACCCAAUCACUGCUUGCUCAUGAUGAUUUGAUACCCCCAUUCAAGCGAUUCUUGCAAUUUGCAUCUCCCACUUUUGACGUUUCUGUGUUCGAGGUCUUUUUCCCAAUAAUGCGUGGUGCCACCCUCAUCGGCUCCGAGCGAGAGAAUAUGCUUCUCGACAUCUCCCAUGUAAUGACCACAAUGAAGGUCGACGCUGCCGAGUUGACCCCUACAGUCGCGGGAGAGUUAUUGCGCACACGAGCCGCAGCACCUUCCCUCCGCGUGCUCCUCACCAUCGGUGAAAUGCUCACCAGGCACGUGGUAGACGAGUUCGGGCGGUCUGAAACCGGGGACGGCAUCCUCCAUGGCAUGUACGGACCUACUGAAGCCGCAAUCCACUGCACCGCAGCCACCCAUUUCAAAUCUAAGGACCGAGUGAACAUGAUCGGAACGACAUUCAAAACGGUCUCCGCAUAUAUCAUGUCUCUUCCAUCUGACGAUUCCAACGAGCUUCGGACCCUCUCCCUGGGUCAAAUCGGAGAACUUGUUCUCGGUGGUCCUCAAUUGGCAGAUGGAUACAUCAAUCGUCCCAAAGAAAAUGCCAAAGCUUUCAUUGACAAUCCGUUAUAUGGACGACUCUACCGAACGGGCGAUAAAGCCCGCAUGCUGCCUUCUGGCGAGAUCGAAUGUUUCGGCCGAAUCUCCAGCGGCCAAGUCAAGCUUCGCGGGCAACGUAUCGAGCUUGGCGAGAUCGAGCACGUUAUUACCAGAGCCUCUGGAGUCCGCAGUGCCGUGACAAUCGUUAUCGACGGAAACCUCGUCGCCUUCGUCCUCGUCACAGACAAAGGCGUUACCGAGAGCAACUUGCGAGACGUAUGUCGCCAACUGCUCCCGCGCUUUAUGAUCCCUGGUGAAUUUGUGCUCGUCGAUCAAUUUCCCCAACUGCCAUCUGGCAAGACCGAUCGCAAAACCUUAGAAGCCGAUUUCGCUCAAUACCGCAGCACCGCACAGUCUUUCAAUCUGGAGUGUCGCGAUGAGAAAGAAGAAGCCAUUGUCUCAUGCGUGGCUGGCGUAAUCGGCCGGCGACUCGCACCAACAGAGAGUUUGGCAUCGGCCGGUUUGGAUUCACUGGCGGCAAUCCGCCUAGCGUCUCAUCUUCUCGAUGCAGGAAUCCGCCUCGGUGUUGCGACCCUGCUGGAAGUAGAUUCCGUGGAAGGAAUCUGGCAACUUGCUACGAAUUUGGAAGCUACUGGUUCCACAGGAGAUGUGCAAGCUGCCCUGCAAACGAUUUCCGAGUUUGUCUCAGAUGCGGGCGCCACGAUGAUUGAUGCGAUGGGCUUAAGUAUGCUCGUCUCGGGUGUCGUGCCUUGUAGUCAUAUUCAGCAGGCUAUGAUUUUAGAGACUAUCAGAGAUGACAAGGCAUACUGUAACUGGAUCGAGCUGGAAUUUGAGCCCUCAGUCAAUUCGGCUGAGUUGAAGAGUGCUUUUGCGAAACUUGCGGAGCAUAAUGAGAUUUUGAGAUCUGGAUUUGUGGAGAUUGGUCUUAAGGAUCAUUCAUAUGCUCGUUUUACUUGGAAGGAUGUUGAUGAACAUGUCUUACAGGUGGAGGGGGCAUUUGAGUAUGAUGUGUCCUUGGUUGCAGGCCACGAUGUCUUGAACCCAUUCAGAGUUCAGAUUAAGGACGAGAAAGAUCGUCUCCGCGCUCUUGUACACAUUCACCAUGCACUGUACGAUGGCUGGUCCUGGCAGCUCAUGUUGAAAGAUCUUCGCGGCAUCCUGGCCGGAGAACAACCCACAUCCAGAUCAACCUAUACCGUCGUCACGAACUUCUUCAUCGAGCAAAAGCUAGACAAAUCGUCCACAGAGUCCUCGACCUACUGGUGCGAUCAACUCCAAGGUCUAAAUCCCGCGCCGUUCCCCGUCUUCCACGGCAGAACAGACCUCAAGCCGGCAACCUUACACACAGCCCGCAUCCUCCAAAUCCCAAUUUCAAAACUCAACGAAGUAACCCAUCACCACCGCGUCAGCCGCCAAACAAUCUUUCAAGCAGCCUUCUGUUACAUCCUCUCCACCUACCUCGGCACAAAAGACGUAACCUUCGGAACCGUCUUCUCAGGUCGAACCCUCCCCCUAAAAGGCAUCGAAACAAUCUUAGGACCAUGCAUCAGAACCCUUCCAACACGCAUGGACCUCUCAAAAAUGCAAAACAUAUCCGAUCUUCUUCUCGCCAUCACGAACAUGAACCGUAAAUCUCUCGAACAUGGAAGUCUCCCACUACAGGAUAUCAAGAAAGCAUCCGGCAUCGAUCUCGACCGCAGUCUGUUUGAUACAGCUCUAGUUUGGCAGGAGAGUAUCUGGGCCGACGAGCAUGAUGUCUUCCGGGAAGUUGAUGCAGGCGAAUUUUUGGAGUUUGCGCUUCUGUUGGAGUUUGAACCCAGAGAGGACUGUGUCUUUGCUAGGGCUACUUUCCAGCAUGCGGUUUUGUCGCUUGAGCAGGCGGAUAUCUUACUGCAGCAGAUUGAUGCUGUUGCUGCUAUUUUGAUUGACCGGGUUGAACUUCCUAUUGGGGAAAUUCGAGAGCUUCUCCCUACUGAAGCGUUGUCGGUUUACCAUGGUUUGGCGGCGACAAACUAUGAGUCGUCAUUGACCACUGGUGUUGAGCAAGUUGCUUCUACGGAUCCAAAUCGGGUUGCUGUUGAAGUGAUAAGCUCUAACUCAGACACCUCCAGCACUGCUAUCGAAAGGAUCACUUAUGGAGAAUUAAACUCUCGCGCUAAUGGUCUUGCACAUCUGUUGCUUCAUGUUGGAGUGAUGAAGACUGAUCUAGUGUCCAUUCUUCUGACUUCGUCUAUUGACUUGUACGUUUCCGUGCUUGGAAUUGCCAAGGCUGGUGCUGCCGUUGUGCUCCUCUCACCGGGCUCUGAAAGCGCGAUCAAUUCUCUGCUCUCCAGUACCAAAUCCAAGUUCUGUAUCGUCGACUCUGUGACAGAGAAGGACCACCGCCUGCCUUCUUUAAAAAUUGUCCAGCGGAUUCACCUCUCUUACUCGCUUGAUGUCUACCAUGGCUUCAACAUUCCUUAUAAAAACCAGGGUUCUGACAUUGCCUAUGCUGAAGCCAAGGCGAAUAAUACGACGGAGACCAUCGUCAUCUCUCGCCAGAACCUAGACAGCAGCAUCACCGCUCUAUCAAAAGUAUACCCAACGCCGACAGGAUCAAAAAUCCUCUCAUCUCAGUCUACCUCCAUGUUCGAAGCAUUUUUCGCUUGGCAAAAUGGAGUCACAUUAUGUUCGGCUUCAGACAUUACCAAGAUAUCACUCGAACAAGCAUGCCAAGAUAUGAGCAUAACACACCUCCAUCUGACUCCUUCGUUGGCCUCUCAUGUUGAUCCUGAAGCUGUCCCAAGUGUGCAGUACCUCCUUAGUAUGGGCGAACAUUUGACACCCAGACUUCAUCGCAAUUGGGCCGGGAAGGGACUGUAUCACGCUCACAGCUCCGAAGCACUGGUUCAUGCUUGCACAAUCUCUGAGAUCGGUAUUUCAACAUCUAUCCGGGAUAUCGGCCAACCGCUGGGAAACACAUUCGCGAUCAUUACAGAUGCUGAGUCAUUGUGUGCACUUCCUCGUGGUGCUGUCGGAGAGAUUUCCUUUGGUGGUGACCAGCUUGGAAAAUGUCUUCCUGGCGCGAAGAUAUCUUUGGCUGGUCGAUUUGUUGAUCAUCCUGAGUACGGUCGGAUUUAUCGGACUGGUGAUUAUGGUAGGAUGCUUCCUGAUGGUACGCUGAUACUUUCUCCGGGUUCCGGCCCCGAGAAGGCGCAUAUCCAGAUCGUCGAUCUUGACGAAGUUGAUCGUGCGUUCUUGGCUUUGGAUUUCGUUCGAGAAUCCGUCAAUAUGAUUCUGAAUUCGAAACUUGGAAAGCAGCAAUUAGUCGUGUUCUGGGUUCCAUCAAAAAUACUUGCAGGUCCUAUUCAAAUCGAGGAGGCCACGAAUGACCUCUUUGCAGAGCUAAGCAAAACCCUGCCAAUUUCUAGUAUCCCUGACUUUCUUGUUCUCGUGGAAGAUAUUAGUCUCACUCCGUCCUAUAAGACCGACUACCUCCUGUUGACUCAGCGACUGGAACAACUGAGCAAAGAGGAGCUCGCAGUUUUCUCACCCAAGCUCAAUGCCAACGGUACCGAUGACAGUCUCACUAACGUUGAAAAAAUCAUCUCUAUCGCUUUAUCGGAAGUUACCGGCACCGACCAAAGCCACAUCGACAAGCACACGUCUUUCUACAGAUUAGGCUUGGACUCACUUUCUGCCAUCUCUUUCUCGCGAAAGCUACAGGAAUCCGGCUGUGGAAGACUUGCCGUGUCGACAAUUCUGCGCUAUAGCUCUGUUUCCCAACUUGCUUCCGUUAUUUCCCCCAUGGUCAAUGAAAAUGGACAUGAGUCUGCGCAAGCUAAGGUCCAUGGAUCUACCGUGGUGUUCGACGAAACUUUCAUCCGUCAAGUAGAAGACGGAUUCAAAGCCACUGGCACGGCCGUUCAGGAUAUUUACCCUUGCACGCCCCUGCAGGAGGCUAUGCUUGCAGCUGGGUCUGGUGGACAGUCGGCAUAUUUCAACCAUCUCUUACUUCUUGUACACAGCGAUACUGAGGCUAUGAAAGCGGCGUGGGCUCGGAUGAUGCAGAGACAUGGCAUUCUCAGGACUUGUUUCACACAGACUAAUGAGAAGCGAUUUGCAUAUGCUCAAGUCAUCUUGGAUACUUCGGCCUUGCCGUGGUAUCAAGUUGAGACUCGUAGUCUUGAGAGCGUCAUCAAGGAGAACAAGUCCAAGUUUGAGGAAAUUUCGCCUGUCAACGGCCAGCUGCCUUACUCGUUGACUGUGAUCACUGAUCCAGAUACACAGAAGACACAUCUUCUGUUGUCUAUCCACCAUGCAUUGUACGACGGAGAGGGUAUAUCGCAGUUGUUGCAUGAAUUACAGUUGUCACUUUCAAGCCAGGAAUUACCGGAAGGCACACCAUUCCACCGCUUCAUUGACUACAUGAUCUCCGUCGACCACGGCAUCUCAGACGAAUACUGGGACCGGUAUUUGGCUGGUGUUGCGCCAACUCUCCUCCUUACAGCCAAUGCAGACGACUCCGCCUCACAACAAAUCCACACAUCCCUCCAAGCUUCCUUUGGAUCCUUCAAGCAGCAAUGCAAAGAUCUCUCCGUGAGUCCCUUGAAUGUCUUUCACGCCGCAUGGGCCAGGCUCCUGUUGCUAUACACCGACUCUGCCGACGUCUGCUUCGGCAAUGUAUUCAGCUGCCGAACCAUCCCACUGGAUGGUGUCGAUGGAAUUGUCGGACCGUGCUUCAACACUCUCCCAAUCCGAAUCAAAUCAUCUUCAACCGCAACCAACAAUGAUAUAUUGAAGAUAGCCCAGAAAAGCAACAGUGAAAUCUUGCCACACCAACUCAGUCCGCUGAGACGGAUUCAACGACGUGUUCUUGGUGCUGGCUCUCGGCUUUUCGAUACCUUGCUCGUUUUCCAGAACAAGAAAACCGAUCUAGAUAGCGGGAUCUGGGAGCUUCUUCAAGAUGAAGGAAAUAUGGGAUUCCCUCUCAUUUGUGAAAUUGUGCCAGAUGAGUCUGCGGACACUAUCCAGAUUUGUUUGCACUUUCAAGAAUCGCACAUUUCACAAAUUGCGGCCGAAAAAAUUGCGCAGGAUUUCGUCACUCUGGUCGAACACAUUUCUCAAUAUACUUCUGCUCAGGCGUCUGACAAGCGGAUCUUGGGUGUGAACAUUCCCCGUGUUUUUGAGCAGGUGUCGCAACACAAGGCUGUUGUUUUCCGGACGACUAAAUCCCGACCAUCUCGCCCCUGGUCUCGUCAGGAGGAAGCUGUUCGAAAUAUUCUGUGCAAAUUCUCUGAUGUCGAGCCGGAAAAUAUAUCCCAGGAUAUGACUAUCUUCCAGCUCGGUCUGGAUAGUAUCAAUGCCGUUCAGGUUUCCGUGAAGCUGCGUGGACUGGGGUACAAGAUUUCAUCUGGGGAUAUUCUUGAAGCUGCUUCUAUUGAUCAGAUUGCUUCUCUUCUCACUGAAAGGGAGAAUGUUGGCGAGGAAGCGGUGUACGAUUUUGAGGCUUUCCAAAGCCAGCAUCUCCAGGUUGUUUGUAAACAGCUUGGCAUUUCUUCUGAGAAUAUACAGUCUCUGCGCCCUUGCACGCCUGUGCAAAAUGGCAUGUUAGCUAUGUUUACACAUUCGCAUGGCGGUGUAUACUUCAACCGCAUGGCUUUGAACUUCUCGGCGCCUUUGCAAUUAAUGCGUCUGAAGGAAGCCUGGGCUAAAGUCACAGCUCAGCAUGAGAUGCUGCGGACGGGCUUUGUACAGCUGCACGAUCAACAGCAUCCAUUCGCUAUGAUCACCUAUCAGAACACUGAAUUACCUUGGUACGGUUCAGCUGAAUCUCCUAUUCAAGAAAAGACCAUUUUGGAAAAUCUCCACCAGCCCCCUUGGGGCAUUGAGGUCGAAACCGGCGAAAGUACCCGCGUUAUGCAUUUCUCUGCGCUACACGCCAUCUACGAUGCUCAAUCUUUGUCUUCCAUCUUCGCAGAUGUGAAAGCAGCAUACGAAGGGAGUACGCUUACCCCCCGGGCUCCAAUAACCGCAACCCUUGGCCCCAUUCUCAUCGAAAGCAAGGGGCAAAGCGAAUCCGCCAACUUCUGGAAAGAUCUAGCUCCAGAAGUCCACCCUUCCAAAUUCCCAGAUCUACAUCCUAUCCGCUCAGACGAGCGUAGACUUCUCAAUACGUCCAUCCGUUGCGCUCAGCCCCGCAAGACUCUCGAUGACGCAUGUCGGGAUCUCGGUGUGACACUACAGGCAGCCGGUCAAGUCGCUUGGGGUCGUUUGCUCUCUGCUUACACCGGAGAGCUGAAUGUUACCUUUGGGACGGUUCUUUCUGGUAGGAAUCUUUCUACCGCUGCGCAAGAUGCCGUCUUCCCUUGUUUGGUUACUGUCCCGACACCGCUGCGCAUUGAUGGCGCGAACCGGGAUCUUUUGAAUCGCACGCUGAAGAGGAAUGCAUUGUUGGUGAAAAAUCAAUUUGCGCCUCUGUCUAAUAUCCAGCGCUGGUUGGGCAGUGAUGAGCCGCUUUUUGAUACCUUGUUCGUUUAUCAGAAGUUUGCCUCCGCUGCUGAGGGGUGGAAUGUUGUCGAUGAAGAGACAAAGAUUGAUUACCCUGUUUCCAUCGAGCUAAUUCCUCACUCGACGGAUCUUGAGAUCUCACUGAGCUAUCGCAGUGAUAUAAUUCCUGCCCAACAGGCUAAUCUUCUGUUGAUUCAGUAUGAUAGGCUUUUGCAGGACACUGUUUUCUCUCCUGGUGCCGAUUCCACGGGUCAUGAGUCUGUCGGUAGUAGCCUGUUGUCUGUUACUCCGGCGAAGGAGGCGCCGAUCCCUGCGCCGGUCGCUUUGCUGCAUCAAUUCGUUGAGAUAAAUGCUGUUAAAAUUCCGGAGAAGAUUGCUUUCGAGUUUGCCUUCGGUGAAACUGCGGACAGCCUCCAGAAGAAGACUUGGAGUUAUCGCCAGCUCAACGGAUGCGGUAAUCAGAUCGCGCAUUUUCUGCAGGCUAAGGGGGCUGUUCCUGGUGGAAUCGUCGCUAUCUGCUUUGACAAGUGCCCUGAGGCUUCCAUGGCCAUUUUGGGUAUCUUGAAGGCUGGUUGCGCGUACUUGGCCAUUGAUCCCGGUGCUCCUAUCUCUCGCAAGCAGUUCAUGCUUGAGGACUCUGGGACCAAAGUACUUCUCUGCAAUCAGUCAAAGAAGCCGGAAUUGGAGGGUCUCAAGGGCAUCGAUGUCCAGGCCCUCGAUGAACCGGGUUUGCUUGAUGGAGUGUCAACUGGUGAGGUCUCACACGCCAGGCCGAUUGGUCCAGAUGAUACCUGUUAUUGUUUGUACACCUCUGGUACGACUGGAACACCCAAAGGAUGUGAGAUCACACACAAUAAUGCCGUGCAAGCUAUGCUUGCGUUCCAGAGAUUGUUCGCCGGUCACUGGGAUGAAGAAUCUCGAUGGUUACAAUUUGCCUCAUUUCAUUUCGACGUCAGCGUUCUGGAGCAAUACUGGAGUUGGAGUGUCGGUAUCUGCGUGACUUCAUGUUCGCGCGAUCUAUUGUUCGAAGAUCUACCGGGCACAAUCCAGAAGCUUCAAAUCACGCACAUUGAUCUCACGCCCAGUCUGGCAAGACUCGUUCAUCCCGAUGAAGUCCCUUCGCUUUGUCGUGGAGUCUUCAUCACAGGCGGAGAAGCGCUGAAGCAAGAAAUUCUCGACGCCUGGGGUAAGCACGGUGUUAUCUACAAUGGAUACGGGCCGACAGAAGUCACCAUUGGCUGCACCAUGCUCCCACGAAUGUCUGCCAAUGACAAAGCCUCUAACAUCGGACCCCAAUUCGAUAAUGUGGGAUCUUAUGUCUUUAGUCCUGGCACGACGACACCAGUGCUGCGCGGCAGCAUCGGUGAGCUCUGCGUUUCAGGCCCACUUGUCGGAAAGGGAUAUCUGAACAGAGCGGAGCUCACCAAAGAGCGAUUUCAAGACCUUUCCGAGCUCGGGGAUCGUAUCUACCGCACUGGUGAUCUUGUCAGGAUCCUGCAUGAUGGAAGCUUCCAGUUCUUGGGCCGUAUCGAUGACCAAGUUAAGCUUCGCGGACAGCGACUUGAAAUUGGAGAGAUUAAUGAGGUUAUAAAGCAGGCAACGCCUGAACUGAACGAAGUCGCCACUCUGGUUAUCACGCAUCCCAAACAAGCUAAGGAUCAGCUUGUUUCUUUUUUCACGACCGUUGCGGAUAAGAAAUCCCGUGCUGAUGUCGAGGUUCGAUCUUCGGAAGACAACCGCGCUUUGCUGUCUAAGAUCAAGGACGCUUGCCGUACUCGCCUUCCUGGAUACAUGGUUCCUACUCAUAUAAUACCGAUGACCCAGUUCCCACUUUCUGCAAACAACAAGGCUGAUAUGAAGGUCUUGAAGGGCUUCUAUCAAGAUCUAUCUCUAGAUGAGAUCCAGAAACUGGGCGCCUUGAGUGUUGACCAGCCCACUGACAGUGCCCAGGAACGGAAGAUUAUAGCUGUUCUGGCGAAGUUCAUUGGAUCCACCGACGAGAAGAUCUCAUCUUGGUCCAGUAUCUAUGAGUUAGGUUUGGAUUCUAUCUCAGUUAUUGCCUUCUCGCGGAGUUUGAGGGAGGCUGGAUUUUCUCAAGCUCAACCUUCCAUCAUCAUGAAGAACCCCAGUAUCGCCGGAAUGACUUCCGCUCUUCAGGAGUCCAGCUCAUCUUCUGGGUCUGUGAAAACACUUCGGCGAAACGCCAAGCAAAGUAUUGACGCCUUUGCUCAUAAGAAUUCUCACGCUGUCAUCGAGUAUAUUGGAGUCCUUGAAAGUGACAUUGAGAAGAUUGCACCUUGCACACCACUCCAGGAGGGUAUCAUAUACCACUACCUGUCGAGUGCCACGCCUAUGUACUGUUCUUCUUUCACUUUCGAGCUUGACUCCUCCAUCGACCUUAAGGCUUUGUGUGCAGCUUGGGACGAGACUCAAAGAGACGUUCAAAUGCUGCGUGCCAAAUUCUCACCGUCCCCUGACGGCUACGCGCAGGCCAUUCUGAAGAAAGCGACCCUUCCUUGGUUCUUUGAUACAGUAGGAACAAGUCAGGAGAUCGACUGUGUGCGCAAGAAACGGCAUGAGGCGUGGACUGCCCAGCUCAACAGUCUCUCUACCCAAUUGUGGGAGAUCGGAGUUAUCUCUUCCCCCAAAGGUUCGGUGAUGUGUCUCAACAUGUUUCAUGCUUUAUAUGACGGAAACAGUCUGGUUCUCCUCCUCGAAUCGGUUGCUCGCAACUAUCUGAACCAAAGCAAGAGUUUGCAGACACCCCCCAAUUUCAUUGAUGUGUUGCACCUUGGUCCUCUUUGCAAGGAUGCUUCAGCGGAAGCAUUCUGGAAAGAACAUCUUGCAGGCUGCCGCGACCGUCCAUUCGCCGAGAAAGGCACCAUAGACACUCCAAUUCUUUACAAGGCCCACAUCAACGAGACAGAGCAGCUUGAUCAUCUUCGCCGAACGCUUAAUGUCACCGAACAAGCUGUGCUCCAUGCCUGUUGGCUUCUCACUCUCCAGCAGCAGUAUUCGUUUGUGCCCCCACUUGGUAUCAUUGCCUCGGGAAGAACAAUCGAUGUACCAGGAAUUGAAGAUGUGAUCGGUCCUCUGUUCAAUACUAUCCCGAGUAACGUCCAGCUUUUUGGACUGGAGUCUUGGUCUGAGGUCGCUCGCCGAUGCCAUGAGUACCAUGUGUCUAUGAUUCCUUUCCAGCACACUCCCCUGCGAGACAUUGUGAAAUGGCUUGGCAAAGGCCCCGAUGAGCCACUCUUUAACUCUCUGUUUGUUUUCCAGAAGGAAAACGACAAUGAUGAAUCCUUGGCCAAGAAGCUUUGGCGGACUAUCAACUCAGAGGCUGAACAUGAGUACCCCCUUGCCUUUGAAAUUGUGCGCAAUGGAAAUCAAUCGUUGACGGCUACCCUUGCUGCGAAGAGCAAUUCAGUAUCUUCAGAGGAUGCCCAACAAUUGCUUUCUAAAUUCGAGGCAAUUCUGUCACAAUUUGCGCAGGAUCCGAACAAAACGCUACCCCAAAUCAAUGGUUAUUUUCCGCCCAUCACCAACGGUGAAGUGAAUGGUCACCGCGAAUCUGUGAAAGCUACGGAGUACACCAAUGGCCAGCAUGUCAAUGGUUCCCUGUUGGAAUGGACGCCUGAAGCUUGCACGAUCCGCGAUGUCAUCGCAACUCUUGCAGGAGUGGAGGCCCAACACAUUGGUCAGGAAACGUCAAUUUUCGAAAUUGGGCUUGACAGCAUCGAUGCAAUCAAGAUAUCUUCGCGGCUGAACAAAGCCGGUAUCAAACUUCCAGUGAGCUCCAUUAUGCGCCAUCGUACAAUCAAGGCCAUGAGUGGGCAGCUCUCAAUGGCAAAUGGCCACACCAAGAAUGGUACUUUGCCAUUGCUCAAUCGGCUGGAGAACUCAUUGCUUAAGUUCCUUGAGGGCGAAUGUCUUCUUCCUUCAAGUGCCACUCGUGUUCUACCCGCCACACCCAUUCAAGAGGCCAUGGUAGCGGAGAUGUAUGCUUCGGUUUACAAGCACUAUUACAAUCACGAAAUCCUCGAGCUUGAUCCAGGGGUGGACCUGGGGAGGAUGGAGCAGGCAUGGAGAGCUGUCGUCAGCGCACACCCUAUUCUCCGUACUUCUUUUGUUGAAGUCUGGGAUCCUGAGAUUCCGGUUUCCUACGCGCAAAUCGUUCACAGUGCGGAUCAUAUUGACAUCCAGACUAUUCAUUUACAUGGAAUCUCUAUCGAGUCCAUCAUUGAGACGCAAAUCUCAAGGGCCCACAACGAGCUGCUCAGUUGCCCCUUGCUAUCAAUUACCAUCGCGGUGGAUGGAGAGAAGCGACGCCUUGUUUUGUCAAUUGCGCACGCUCUCUACGAUGGUUGGUCAAUCAACCUGCUCCAUGAAGACGUUGCCAAGUCCUACGCCGGCGAGGGAUGCCUGCGUCCGCCGCCAGACGACAUCCUUGAGCAAAUCUUCUCGUCCUCUGGGGAUGAAUCUCUCAAAUUCUGGCGUGCAACACUAUCAAACUUCACUCCCAUACCUUUCUCGCCAAUGGAACACUCCGAAAAGGGUUCGACCGUUGUGCACCGCGCAGAAAAAUCGCUGUCUGUCCCGCUUUCCAAGGCAGAGACGUUCUGCAAGCGCCAUGGAAUUACUCUCCAGGCGCUUCUUGUCACUUGCUGGUCGAUUGUUCUCGCCACCCAUGCCAAGAAGCUGGAUGUGGCAUUUGGUCUUGUUCUUUCUGGGCGCAACGUCGCUGGCUCGGAGCAUGUGAUGUUCCCGACAAUGAACACUGUCGCCAUGCGUGUGAUUCUCCACGGCACGCGUAUUGAACUGGUCAAGUAUGUACAAGAGACUCUUCUUGUGAUGUCGGAGCAUCAGCAUUUCCCCCUUCGGCGCGCGAGACCAGACAACGGGUCGCAGGGUUUGUUUGAUACGUUGUUCAUGUUCCAGAAACGGCCGAUGGAUAAUGAGGCUGGUUCUGGGUCUACUUUAUACAAGUCUACGGGUGGUGCGGCGAAUGUUGAAUAUCCUGUUUGUGCUGAAGUUGAAGGUGUGGGUGAGGAGCUCAUCGGCCGGGUGGCCGGUCGUGGAAAUGUUGUUGGGGAUCAGGAUGCUCUUGUGCUUCUAAUCCAGAUGGGCGAUAUCAUUUCGUCUAUCAUUGACGGAUCGUCCGAACAGACGGUUGAGUUCACCAAGGAAGGGGUGAAAAUUUGUGGAGGUUCAUCCUUCCAGGAUGAGUUUGGGCAUGAAGUCAUCGCUGAUGUAGUGCCUGGGAAAAUUCAGCAAACGCAAUGGUCACCAAUCGAGUCAAAGAUUCGUAAUGUUCUCUCCGUUGCUUCUGGGGUACCGGAGGGUUCCAUAGAGAAGAGCUCUACUAUUUUCGAGCUUGGUCUUGAUAGUAUUAGCGCUAUCAAGGUUACUGCACUGCUGAAGAAACAGUCCGUCAAGCUCGCUGUCAGUGACAUGCUGCGUGCUGGUACGAUCGAAAAUAUGGCCGCAGUAGCUAAUAGCAGCCAACCAGGCUUCUCUGUCACAAACAUAUCAAGCAUCCUCCGCGACUCGCUGAAUGGCAUCGAUGUGGCGCUGCUGCUGCAGUCGCAUGGUAUUGAUUCACAACAUGUGGAAAAGGUAUUCCCUACAACUGGAGGCCAGUCCUAUUUCCUUUCGAUGCAUACUCUGAACCCCGAGGUGUUCUACCCAGAGUUCUACUAUGUGGCAUCGCAGCAAUUGAGCCCAGAGACACUCAAUCGCGCCUGGGCUCGGGUCGUGGACCAAACCCCGAUGCUGCGAACGGUGUUCCUCCGCACUGACUCACGGCUUUCGCCGUUCAUUCAAGUGGAGUUUGGGGCGGUGCACAUUCCAGUGAUCUGGCAUUCCAAGUUUGAUCGGCAUCUUGUUUCAAAAAGUUUCAAGCAAGAAUUUGGGGCUGUACCGGUCGCACUACAUGCCUGUCAAACCGCCGAGGGAACGGCGCUUAUUCUACAAAUUCACCACGCAUUGUACGAUGGUGUCAGUCUGCCCCAUAUUCUGGAGAGACUUGUUGCACAUUGCGGCCAGAAUGAAAUUGCCCAGCCGGUCCCCGACCUUGAUCUCUCACAGCUUGUGGCAUUCCAACAUGUCCAUUCGCCCGUGGAAGUCCGGCGCCAAUUCUGGCAAAAGUAUCUAGGCCAAAUCUCAACGGCGGCAAAGCGCGGGGAUGGUUUCGGCACCGUGCAACACCACUACCGGCCCGGCUUGGUGCCAAAUAUGGCCACCAUCGAAAAGGUUGCUAAGCGCCAGGGUCUCAGCAUUCAAACCAUCUUCCUGGCCAUCUAUGCUCGAGUGCAUUUGCAGAAUUUUGCAGCUGAAACGGUGGAUGACGCAGGGUCUCACGGGCGGUUAAUCGUUGGACUCUACCUUGCCAAUCGAUCGCAUGCCUUGGAAGGUCUAGCUGAAUCGGUGAUUCCAACUGUCAACGUUGUCCCACUACGAUUGGAUGACAAAAUCAGCGAAUCGACCACCACCCUCCUCGAUGCAGCGCGACGGAUCCAAACCGAAAUCAACGAGAUCAGCCGAGCAGAAUACUCCAACGUAUCGCUCAUGGAAAUUGCCGAAUGGACCGGUGUCCAGAUUGACACAUGCGUCAAUUUCCUGCGACUCCCUGAGCAACUGGCACCCAGCAACGAGCGGAUUUCACUCACGGCGAUCCAACGCGAGGAGUUUGAAAACCUUAGCGGAACAAUUGCCACAACUCCAUCGGACAGUCAGACCCGAAUUAAUAGCAAUGGUGUGACGCCACCGGGUGUAGCCGAGACGCAUCGCGAUCUGAGCGCCUCAACGGUGUCCAACAUCUUACUGCCUACCAUCGAUGUUGAAGCGGCGGUUCGAGAGGGCCAGUUAGACUUCGGUCUUUUCGCGCCGGUCUCAAGACUUAACGGUGACACUGCGGAGACUGUAAUUGACGCAAUGAGACGCGAGAUGUCUGCAUUGGUGACAGGCUUCGAAUUGAUGUAG